GACGAGUCUGACUAACUAUAAUACCCACGCAUUGUCAAAGUGGUUGGCUUUUUUGCUGUUUGCUUUCUGCCUCCCUCUUUCUAAAUUUUCGUCUCCACUUGGCUGCUUGUGUUGUACACAUCUAAAGCGGUUGUUGUAUUAAAUGCCAGUCUUCUGCAAAGACUCUACUGGACCGAAACGUCAGGCUUUUAAGUAUGUUCAGGGGGUUAGUGCUGCGGAGAUGUUUUGUUAGCUACGGAAAUUAAAACCGUUUGUCUAGUUUGAGGAGCUAUAUUCUUUUGGAUAAUACUUAACCUGAGGAUACCAGAUGUGUUGGAAGGCGGUUCACUCACUGGCGGUUGGUACAGUGAGAAAGUCGCGCCACUCCACGUUGCUGAAAUUGUUAUUCACACUCGUUGUUGUCAUUUCCACGAUCGUGUACGUUACAGUUUGGUCAAACUUUGCCCUCAACCUAAACACAGUAGUUGUGGAGAUACCAUUCGGCCGCGAUGAUGUAUCAAACAGAUCGAACGUAAGCGCGAUAGUCCUCACCACCACAAAUGCAGGUUUUCUCGACUUAACAGAAAACAUGUUGGAGAGUAUAAGGCGAACGGGUUCACGUCCAAACAUAACCGUAAUCGCCGAAGACGAAAAGUCAUUUCAGACUUUAUCAAUGCGAGCCAAAACCCAACCUGGUCUUCGCGUGCAGAAGACCAACUCUGGAGUCACGACUUCGGACAAACUUAUGGUUAAUACUGCCAUCUACAACAGACUGGUGAAUAAGCGCCCUUCUUAUCUUCUCUCAUUACUAGAGAAAGGAAACCACGUUCUAUUUGUUGAUGUGGACACAUACUGGUUCCACGACCCGCUGAAAAACCUUAAAUGGGACUUCGAUUUUGCGCUUCACAACGAGUUCACUCCACCAACUUAUGGUUUCUGCGAUGGAUUUGUCUUCUACCGGCCAACGGAAAACACCAUACGAUUCGUUAAGGAAUGGGUUUACUUAUUGGCGACCACAGACAAGGAAACACCCGACCAGACAGUUAUGAAUCGCUUGAUACUUAGUAAGAAGUUCCCCUUAAAGAUUGGUGUCCUCCUUGCGAGCCAGUUUCCGGACGGAUUCAAGUACUUCAAGACAAAAGGAUGGAGGAAUAAGAAUAACAAUACGAUUGCAGUCCAUCUUAGCUAUCUCUACGGACACCAGGAGAAGUUAGAGCAUCUUAAGAACCAAAGUUUGUGGUUAUUGUGAUGACUCUAUGCAAUGUUCAUUUAUUUUAUUUUAUUUUAUUUUUAUAUUUGUUUGGGGGAGUGUUGUUUGUUUGUUUGUUGUUUUCUUGUUUGUUUGUUUUUUAAUUUCCAUUCAUAAAACAGAUAAUUUUAAUUCAUGAUAGACAAGGAAGUACAAGUUACAGUAUACAUGUCGUAUCAUUUUUAAUAAGAAAACAUUAUAAGACAUCGGUAUGAAUGGGGGUGAGCUAGAGAAGGAUACGGCCUUCUGUAGAGGAGCACCCAAGACUGUUGUCAUUACAAACAAAGGAUAGCAGUUAAGAAAAAACAAAAUAUUUCAGUUCAAUUCAAUUAAUCUUUACUAUAUCAAAAAAGGGUAAUU